AGUAGCUUCAAAUUACUCUAAUCUCUCUCUCUCUCUCUCUCUCUCUGUGCAACCCCACUUCCCCCAGUCAGUCAAUCAAAGAGUCUAGGAAUAGAAAAAGCACAAUCUUCUGUCCCUCGUUUUGCGAUGGAGAAGGUGAUGAGACUGGCCUCGGAGAAAGGGGUGGUGAUAUUCAGCAGGAGCACGUGCUGCCUGUGCUACACCGUGAGCAUCCUGUUCCGGGAGCUCGGCGUGACGCCCGAGGUCCACGAGAUCGACCUCGACCCGGAAGGGCCGGAGAUGGAGCGGUACCUGGCCCGGCUCGGGUGCAGCGGCCCCGUGCCGGCCGUCUUCAUCGGCGGGAACCUCGUGGGGUCCACCAACGAGGUCAUGUCCCUCCACCUAGGCGGGGCGCUCCUCCCCCUCCUCGCGCCUUAUCAGGACCACGCGGAUCAUGCUCUAUCCUGAAACCGUGUAAUUUAGGGUUCGAAUAUGGGGCUAAUCAAGGUGUGCUGUGAUCUAAGGUGGGAUUAGUGGCUAGGGUUAAGGGAGAUUGAGGUCUCUAGUGAGUCCUGAGGAGUCUAUGUAGCAUGCUUGAAGUGGUGAAAAUGUGCUUUUUAUGUAGCUUAUAGUCUAGCCUUUAGCUAAAAAUACAUGGAGUUUGGGAGUUUCUUAUUCCUUCUUGCAACUUAGCCUUGUAAUUUUGAGUUGCCUAUCCGGUGUGGAGAUCUUCACAUCUCGUAGUCAUCUCCUAAUCCUGUGCCCUCUUAAGUAGGAUGGUUACACACCUCACUUUCUAUUUAGAAAUUAAGGAGAAAAAUUUGCAAAAAGGAUGAUCUUUGCUAUUA